UGAAAGACAACAUGGCGGAUAUUAUCGUUCGUUACUAAAUUCGGCCUGCUGAUGCGUAGUUGAAGAGAAAUUUGUGUUUGAUCGUCUCGUCCCAACUGGACUGGGUGAGCAAGGUGUGCUGUCCACUAUGCCACCUAAAUUCAAGAGGAAUGGGUACUCUCAUGUUCAAGAACAUGAAAAGGAGAACCUCUUAGGGGAUUACCAUGACAACGACAGUGACGACGAGGAAGAUUUCUUUGCUGGAAAGUUGAAUCCAUCAUCGUCGAGAAGGGUUGCUCGACCAGAUCCUAAAAUACAACAUGUACAGAACCAAGUGGAUGAGGUGAUUGAUGUAAUGCACAAUAACAUCAGUAAAGUCUUAGACAGAGGAGACAAAUUAGACGACUUACAAGAAAAAUCAGAUGAGCUUGUUUACAAUGCAUCAGUAUUUAGAGUCAGCGCUAAGGGUCUAAGGUCACAUUUCUGGUGGCGAGAAUGUAAGAUGAGGCUUCUUUUGCUGGUAGUCGUUGUUGUGAUUCUACUUAUUAUAUUCAUUCCUAUCAUUGUGAAGAGCACAAACAAAGGAUGAGCGCUACGAGAAACGGAUGUAGUUUUCAUCAAAUGAGACGGGCUCCAAUCAUUCGAGGUUCUUUCUGUCAUUUCUCUGAGGCUUUUGAUCAACUUCACCUUUUUCUUCUGCCAUUUCUAAGAUGUCAUCUUUUGAAGUCAAAGUAUUCCAUUAAAAACUAAUACAGCAUUAAAAUGUUCCACAGUUAAGAAAAAUGUUCUUAACAUUAUGAAUAAAAAACUUAAAUAAUCAUUCAAUUGUGGCGUGUUGUGGAUGAGCGGUCUAGUUCACA